AUGACAAAGAUGUCUAUUAUUGUUAUAAUAUUUGGACUAAUUUCUUUUCUUCUUGGCAUCGUCGGUGAAAACAAAAAGCCUUCAAUGGGAGUUCUCGUAAAAGGGAAAGAUGCUAUGAUAUGCAAUUAUCCCAAUGAUCCAACGGUGGUAUUUGGAUAUUCUUCAAUAGGAUUUCUUGUGGCAUCAUCUUUAAUGGGUUUGGUAUCUAUAUUUUACUCAUACAACGGUACCACUGUUCCUCCUUCAGUAUUGCUCAAAUACACAACUUUAUCAAUCUUCCUCAUCUUAGCUUUGACUUGCAGCACAUUGGGUGGAGUAAUGACAUUAUGGCCAACAGUGACUGAGCAACACUACCAUUGGAGACAUAAUUUUUAUUCAGCUAACGUCACUACUUCUACAAAGUUAAAUUGUCCUACUGCCAAGACUGGUCUCAUGGGUGGUGGGGCAUUUUUGUGUCUUAUUUCAUCACUCUUCUGGCUAUCAUCUCUAAUGCUGGUGAAAAAUGCAAGAGAGGACUAUCUUGAAGAGGUUGUGUCUCCCAAUGUUUAG